UCUUAUACUCUGUAAUUAAAAGCAACAAGAAUGUCUUUUGAUCACUCAAACGAUGGAUUCUAUGCUUCGUCCUAUGACCAAAACCAACAACAACAAUAUGGUGGUUACGACCAAUCCCAGUAUGGAGGUUACGGAGGUCAAAACCAGUAUGAGUAUGGCCAACAAGCUUAUGGCGGAUAUGGACAACAACCUAUGGUCCCGAAUUCCCCUCCACAAAUGAUGACGCCGCAAGAACCAGACCCUGGACAAAGAAAUGAUAACUAUACUGGAGGGUUUGAUGAGGAACCGCCACUUUUGGAAGAAUUAGGUAUAAACUUUGAUCAUAUCACGAAAAAAACUUUUGCUGUGUUAAAUCCUUUUGCUAACACAGACCCAAGUAUAGUUAACGAAACUGACCUUGCUGGCCCUCUGUGCUUUUGUUUAGCACUCGGCGGAACUUUACUUCUCGGAGGAAAAGUUCAAUUUGGAUAUAUUUACGGAAUUGGCGGAAUGGGAGUUCUUGCAAUGUACUUGUUACUCAACUUGAUGACAAUGGAUGGCGUUUCAAUUGGAUGCGUUGCUUCAAUUAUUGGUUACUGUAUUCUUCCUAUGGUUAUCUUAUCAUCAACAUCGCUUAUCUUAUCUUUACAAGGUCUUGUUGGUAUCCUGUUAUCAGUUUUAAUUGUGGGAUGGUGCAGCUUAUCAGCUUCGAAACUUUUCGUUUGUGGACUUAAUAUGGAAUCCCAGCAACUACUUGUUGCUUAUCCAUGUGCCCUAUUGUACGGUGUAUUCGCACUGCUAACAGUGUUUUAAACUGGACAUUUUACAAUUUAGCAUGUUUAAAUUGAUUGUAAUGAAAUGGAUUUCAAAUCAUAAAUAUAUCUAUAGAUCUUUUAACAUGUCCAAGCUUGUUAUUGUAUGUAUAAAUCAACAACGUAGAUACAAUAAAUAAAUUACAAGAUGAGAUAAGACAAGAUAAAAUAAAUUGAAAAACCAACAAAUCAACCUGCUAUUUUAAGUAGUUUCUAUAUCGGAUAUUAAACGCUGAUUACUUCAAAUAAAUCAACUCAAAUGUUUACUCAAGACUUCUCUAUGAAUUUGUUUUUUGCUCUUAGUUGAAUAGUUAUAUACGGUGUCCAUAAAGUCUCUUUAAAAUUUCAAUUUUGUUUUGAAGUCAGUUCUCAAUUUAUCUUGACCAGGUUUGUUGUUUUUUAAUCAAUAAUCAUUUAGGUAUUUUUACUUCAUUUAAUACAUCUAUGAGGGCCAAAACAAUACAUGGUAUCAAUAAAUUCCCUUUGCAAUUCAAAAAAUUUUUGAGACUUUACGGACACCCUUUUCUUGGGGACUUUCUAGACUGUAUUUCCUGUUUUGUGGCCACAAAUUCUAGUACUGAAAACCACUAAAUGCUUAUUGGGAAAUACUAUCCAAUUAGGACUACUUACUAGUAAAUUAAAGCGUAGAUUCUGAUUUUUAUCUUUUCAACUUCCAACAUAGUUUCAUUUUCUAUACGGUUAACUUAUGCUCGCACUACAAAUAGUUGCUUUGUGCGUCACUUGGUCGUAAUAUUUGUGUGAUAUAUAGAUACAUAUUGUUUAUAUAUUUAAAAAAUGGUAAAUAUUUUUCUUGAUCUUUAUUAUUCGACCUCAGAAUAAUAACGGAAAAUGAAGAAAGAUCAAUCAUCUUUAAACCAUAGUUUGCGAAUUGCAAUUAUAAAAAGAAUUUUACUUGGAACUCGUGUAGUGUGUGUACCAGGUUAGGAUUAGGCCAUAAUUUUAUUCCAAUUUUCGUUAUUUUAGUUUUAUUGAUAGUUCAGGGUCUGUGUUAGCCAAGUGAAUAUACCCCAUGCCAAUAGGUUUCAGUCCCUUUACACAACUUGAUGUGAAGUAGACAAACAAAAUUAGUAUUGGUAUACACACUUCUGGAGUGCCUUUAACUUUUCAUAUCUGUCACACAUGAAUAAUAACAACCUAUCAACUAAUGUAGUUUUUCAUCUGAAUCCUAAUUUCAAAGAUGGUUGGUUUAUUUGAGAAUGAUUUAAUUGUUAUUAGCAUAUGUAUCAUCUUAAUUGAUAAUAACUUGAAUUAAUGUCUCACAUUGUAAAUUCAAGAGAUUUAGAAAAUUAUAAAGAAUAAGCAUCCUUCCUGUUACCAAGCUGUUUGUAUAAUGCUUAGUAAUUAAGAACAUUUCCUGAUUAAAACAAAUUUAGUCAUUGUCUGUGUAUUAAGUUUGUAGAAGAAGCUUUGUUAUGAAACUCAAAUCUUUUGUGAAGUUGGGAUAGAGUAUUCAGGACUUCUUAAGUUUAGUUUUCAGAAAUUUAGAAAUUAAAUUCAGUCACUAGAAGAUAGUUUUUCUCGUAUGUGUGA